AUGAAUCUAAUUAUGUAUGUCGACAAAAAGGAUGAAAAUCAAAUACUCAUAGAUAGAGCUCUAUAUAUAAACAACAGAGUGUAUAUGAGGCUAAGACCAGUAAUUGAAAAAGGUAUCAUUGAUCCCAGAUACUACAGGAUUAAAAUUAAUUUAGACUACAGAUUAUCGACAGAACUGGCGAUCAUAGACCUAGAAAAAAAAAUGAAGGAUAUGGGAAGUGGAAAUUGAGACGGAUUUUGGAAUAGACAAUGGAGCCAUUGUAGCUUAUGUGUGGUUUGAUUCAAUUAA